AUGUACACAAACAUCUCAGAUGAGAAGGCGAUAAGCGCCUGGCUGGAGAUAUUGGAUCGAGAAGAGGAUAUUCUGGAGGUAGAACGAAUACAGAAAGAAUCGUUAACACGACGGAUCAACCUGACAGUUACGACAACAUAUUUCACAUUUAACGGCCGUAUCUUUGGAUCACCUCUUUUGGCAAAUGUGUACAUGGACAAGUUGGAAAAAGAAUUCGAGAAGUCACCGCUGCAACCAAAAGAGUGCUCAUGUGAUACUUGGAUGACUACUUUGCACUUUGGUCACAUGGUAAGGAAAAUUUAA